AUAUCGAGUAGAGCUGUAAGAACGAGGGAUUAAUCAAUCUGCCAUGGGUAAGAAGAAGAAUCAUUUCUUCAAUAAUCAUUGGCUACCAGUAAUUGUGUGGAUUUCUAGCCUCGUGAAUACCUGCCAGGGGUUGUGCAAUCAGCUCGAUCGUGAUUCCUUAUCUUCGUUCAAUCUCAGUAUUUCAGUAUCAUCUCCCUUGAAUUGGUCUCUUUCUGCAGACUGUUGUAGUUGGGAAGGCAUUGCUUGUGAUGACUCUGAAAGGGUUAGUUCUUUGUGGCUACCAUCAAGGGGAAUAUCUGGAACCAUAUCUUCUUCUAUUAAGAAUCUCUCCAAUCUUUCACAGCUCAGCCUUUCACACAAUUCGCUCUCCGGCCUGCUUCCGGAAGAAUUCUUCGGAUCUUUCAAAAGUAUGGAGGUUGUUGAUUUAAGUCAUAACCGUCUUACUGGAGGGAUAUCAUCAACUGAUGCUUUACCUAGUACUGUCCGGAUAUUCAACUUAUCCAGCAACCACUUUCUUGGGAUAAUCCCGGCUACAUUUCUUCAACAAGCUUCUAAUCUGGAAGAUUUCGACGUCAGCAAUAACAGCUUCUUUGGAUCCAUUCCAUCUUCUAUAUGCAGCUUUUCAUCAUCUAUACAGUACCUUGAUUUCUCCAGGAAUGAUUUUACAGGCCCUAUUGUUCAAGGUAUUGGAAAAUGCUCGAACCUGAGGAAUCUUCGUGCAGGUUUUAACAAUUUGUCGGGAGAUAUCCCACCAGACGUGUACGCAUUGUCAGCACUGGAGGAAUUGUACUUGCCUGGAAAUAUACUCUCCGGGAAGAUUGAUGACAGGAUUGUGAAUCUCACCAACCUUAAAAUGCUCAUCCUGUACGGUAAUGAUUUGACAGGAACUAUUCCUGAGGACAUCGGAAGGAUCUCCAAACUCGAGCAAUUGCAGCUACAUGUAAACCAGCUGAUCGGUUAUAUUCCUCCUUCAGUCUCUAACUGCACGCGUCUCAUAACUCUGAAUUUAAGGGUCAACUCCCUGACGGGUGAACUUUCUUCAUUCAAUUUCUCAAGCUUUGUUCAGCUUAGGUCUAUCGAUUUGGGGAACAACUUGUUUACUGGAGGUUUGCCAGUAAGUCUCUUCUCGUGCAAGACACUUACAGCUAUUCGGCUGGCGACAAACAGCCUGAGCGGCAAGAUUCCGCAGGAGAUAGUAGCAUUGCAGUCUCUGUCAUUCCUCUCCAUUUCUAACAACAGCUUAGAAAACAUCACCAGUGCCAUCAGAAUACUCACAGGAUGUAAGAAUCUCAGUACCCUGAUAAUAUCAAAGAACUUCUACAAUGAAGAAUUGCCUGGCAGUGAAAGCUUGAUAGGGCCUGAUGAUUUUAAGAAUAUCCAGGUGAUCGGAUUUGGUGGCUGUAAUUUUACAGGUCCUGUCCCAAACUGGAUAUCUAAACUGACUGAUCUAGAGGUUCUUGAUCUGUCAUACAAUUAUAUCACAGGCUCCAUUCCAGGAUGGUUGGGGGAUCUUCCAAACCUUUUCUACUUAGAUUUGUCAAAUAACCAAAUUUCAGGAUUCUUCCCCUUGGAGCUUGUGAGUCUAAGAAGGCUGGCUUUCCAGAAGAACUCUGAUCAAGUCGACAGCAGUUACUUGGAGCUGCCUGUGUUUGUUAAGCCGAACAAUAUCACUAGCCUGCAAUACAACCAAGUCUCGAAUUUGCCACCUGCAAUAUAUUUUGGAAACAACAGCUUAGACGGGCCUAUCCCAGUUGAGAUCGGUCAGCUGAAGUUUCUUGUUAAGUUGGAUCUCAGUGGCAACAACUUCACAGGCAGCAUUCCUGGCACAUUGUCUAAUCUCACCCGCCUGGAAACACUGGACCUGUCUGGAAACCAUCUUUCCGGUCAGAUACCAGCGUCGUUGAAAAAUCUCUAUUUCUUGUCUUCUUUCAAUGUUGCCAAUAACAAUCUUCAAGGUCCCAUACCAACAGGGGGGCAGUUCAACACUUUCCCUGUUUCAAGUUUUGAAGGAAACCCGGAGCUGUGUGGUCAAAUUCUGCACCAUUCUUGCUCAAAGGAGAGGAAUUCCACCAGCCACUCUACAGUGACAAGAACGAUCAAGAAGAAAAAUAUCAUUAUACUUACUGUUGUGAUCUGUUCAGGCAUGCUGAUCUUGACAGUUUUAGUGUACUGGAUAUUUUCAAGGGGUAUCCGACAUAAGGGAGACGCGGAAAGAGCUGAUCAGGAUGGGUUCAAUUCUUCAGAGGUGUUUCCUGAGGAUACUUACGAUACCAGCCAAGUUAUAUUAUUUCCAGACAAUGGCAACAAAGUGGAGAAUCUCACAAUAUUCGACAUCCUGAAAGCCACGGAGAAUUUCAAUCAAUCCAAUAUUAUUGGCUGCGGAGGCUUUGGAAUGGUGUAUAAAGCAACUUUGAGUGAUGGAACUAAUCUGGCAAUCAAGAAGCUCUCUGGAGACCUCGGGUUGAUGGACAGAGAGUUCCGAGCAGAAGUGGAAACUUUAUCCACAGCCCAACACAAGAACCUUGUUGCCUUGCAAGGCUACUGUGUUCAUCAAGGCGUCAGAUUGCUGAUAUAUUCAUUCAUGGAGAAUGGCAGCCUCGACUACUGGUUGCACGAAAAGCCUGAUGGUGCAUCCCAGCUUUCUUGGCCUAGCAGGCUGAGAAUUGCGUACGGAGCUGGCUGUGGAGUAGCUUAUAUGCACCAGGUCUGUGAGCCACGGAUUGUGCAUCGGGACAUCACAUCCAGCAACAUUCUUCUUGAUGAUAACUUUGAAGCCCAUGUGGCAGAUUUUGGACUGGCAAGAUUGAUUCUACCAUAUCAUACCCACGUCACCACUGAGCUGGUUGGAACUCUAGGCUACAUUCCACCAGAGUACAAUGAGUCAUGGAUAGCUACUUUGAGAGGGGAUAUCUACAGCUUUGGAGUUGUCCUGCUCGAACUGCUGACUGGUAAGAGACCUGUUGAGUUAUUCAAGGAAGGCACAUCGAGAGAAUUGGUGAAAUGGGUGCAUCAAAUGAAGAGUGAAGGCAAACAAGAAGAAAUCUUCGAUACUCACCUGAGAGGUAAAGGUUUUGAAGAAGAGAUGCUGGAUUUGCUUGAAGUUGCUUGCAUGUGUGUCAACCAGAAUCCUUUCAAGAGACCGAUAAUACAGGAAGUCGUUGACAGGAUCAAUGGUCUGUGGACAAUCAGACAAGCAGCCAUGUGAAGAUCGUCACUGGAAUCAUCUUUCUAUGGUAGAUCAAUCUGUUUUCAGCAAAGUUUUUGUCAGGAAGUGAUUUAUGCCAUGCGCAAUCAUAUGUAAUUUUGUAUAUAUGAAAUACCAACUGCAGCAAUUAUAAAGAAGCUUCAUAUUCAAUGCGA